AUGCAAGGAUUCUACUCCAAGCUUGACUCCUCCCCCUCGUCUUCUCCCUUGUUGGGGGCGGGCCUCGGGCGAGAAGGCGCUCCAGUCCCUCUCAGCCUGGCUGUGGAGACAGAGAAAGCUCAGGCUCUGCUACAGACGUUCAGCUCCGCCUCUUUGCUGGCGUCAGCGGGACUCGGUAUGUUCUGUGUGGUAGCAGACCACACCCUCCAGCUGUCAGUGAUUCAGCACCACCUGUGGCUGCGUGCGGCUUUGGACAAUGCCACACAUGGGUUAAUAGGGCUGUGGUCGUGGGCCGUUGUUAUCGGACUAAGGAAAAAGAGCGAUCUGUACGAGGUGCUGCUGGCCGGUCUUCUGGCGUCAAUCAUAGACUUGGACCACUUCUACAUGGCUGGAUCUCUGUCACUCAAGGUACGAGCUUACUCAGGGUUCCUCUCUCUGCCUAUUUCAAAAGUGCAAAAGGUUUAAUGCUUAAGACAAAACCGAGUUUUGACGAGAGCAAAGUAAUCUAGAACUUAUCACCUCCAACCUUUGAAGAAUUAAGAAUUUUAAGGAUCGUUUUGGAGAAUAAAGUCAACAAGACACGAGAAAGGUGGAAGAAGGGUUAUCUGGUGUAGAAUAUCGGACUGCAUAUCACUCCUUCUCCUUUGCUCCUCAAAAACAUGCCUGACAUAAACAAAGGCACAUAGUAUAUGAGGUUUAUGUAUCAGUUGUCGUGGACAAUGGCGUUUGGGAAUUUAAAACUGUGGUUAUCUUUGUCCACACGCAAACACCAAACCAGAGUUUUCCAAAAGCACCGUUUUUAAUGACGUAAUCCUGUGUUCCCUUUCAGUCGAUUCACUCGGUACAACACAUAUAGUAUGGGAUAUCACGCCCCUGCGUGACCUGACUGAAGACACCUUUAUUCACGCCUUUAAGGCAGAUGAUCUGUGGUGACGUCUGGGAGGCUCCGCCUGCACAUAUAUACGUGUAACACCACAGUCAUCCUUCAGUUCUUACGCUCUUCACCUCGCUGAGAGCACCUACACCGAGUCGGGCUAACUAGCUGCUGCUAAAUUAGCCUGGUCUUGUCUCUGGCUACUGCUUGAUCGACUUUAGCUCAACUGCCCCUGUUGGUGUUAGCCUACGGCUACCCGCGGAGCGCUAAUUUCGUUCAGCUUUUGAGUCUCGUUAUGAGCUCUAAGCCCAUGAAGGUGAAGGCGAAGUCUUCUGUUCGCCCCUGUCCUCAGGGGUGCGGCUUCUCCCUUCACGAGAAGGAUCUUCACGAGGCUUGUCCCGUUUGCCUGGGGAUUGUCCACGCCAGGAGGGCGUUGACUGAGCCCGAGUCGUGUGAGUCCUGUCACCGGCUUCGGAGCUCAACCCUGGGAAGGCGGGUCAAGUUUGUGGAGAAAAUUCUUGGAAAAACCGCUGUUGCGCUGCACGACCCCCUCCUUUCCGAGUCCAGAGACCCGGCUUCGUCCGAGUCCGGUGGUGAGGACUUUCUGGUCGAAGGCUCAGUUGGAAGCUGGGCAGACCAUGUGGAGUGUGCUGACGGGUCAGCUGGGUUUGAGCCGGGCCCCUCCGAGGGCGCUGGCCAGCCGCUAUCCGGGCUAGCUUGUUACCAGGAGGACGAUGACGUGCUGGACAUCGGCCUGGACGUGCAGGGUUUUUCGGAAGAUGAGCUGGAGCCGUUGUCUUCAGGUCAGUAUGCCGCCGCUGCUGCGCCGGUUGAUCUGGACGACACAUCCUUCCUCUCACUGUACCGCCGUGCAGCUGAGAAACUGGAGGUAGAAUGGCCCUCUCCUCCUCCAGCUCAAAAACCGUCGCGGUUCACAGGGUUUUUUCUCCCACCCGAACCGACGACUGUUAAGAACAGUUUGCCCAUGUACCCGGAUUUUGUCGCGGAACUAACCUCGACAUGGAACAAGCCGCUGUCCACCCGCGCCACAGUGCCCGGUUGUGGACAGUUUCUGGAUCUAGAUGGAGCUGAAAAAGCUGGAUUGGUGAACCCUCCGCCUAUGGAGGCGUCCCUGGCAGCUUAUCUGGCCCCGGCCCAGAAUCACGGUGUCGGUGGCCCCAUCACGCUCCCAUCCAAGCACUGUAGAUUUUCAGCGUCACAGCUGGAUAAAAUUUACAGGACACAGGCAAAUACGGCUCGUGCACUGAGCUCCGUCACUAUGCUUCAGACAUAUCAAGCUAUGUGUCUGGCAGAACUCGGCUCGCGUAUGCCUCCUGACAGUCCGCUUACUCCUCUCCUCAAUGAAGCUAGGGUCGCCACAGAUUACAUCCUCCGUGUGUCCCGCUGUGCAGCGCUGUCUCUCGGUAGAGGCAUGGCUUCCACGGUGGUGGCGCAGAGGCACCUGUGGCUGACUCUCUCCGACGUUCCGGAGAGGGACAGAGCGGUUUAUCUGGACGAGCCUGUGUCGGCCAGCGGUUUGUUUGGGCAGUCCCUCGACGACAUUCAAGCUAAGUUUGAGCUGAGGAAAAAACAAACCGAAGCUUUGAGCAGCAUCAUCCCCAGGCGUGAUGCGAGGCCCAAACAAAAGGGUUAUCCGCACAAACCGGCACCAGCGCCUCCCCCUAAGAGGACUGCAGCGCCCGCCAGCUUGGGGCCCCAGCCGGUGAAGCGAUAUGUACCCGGUCAGAACCCACGCCCUUCGGCUUGGAACAAGGGUCCGCCACCGAGCUUCCGGAGGGACUCGGCGCCCAGGAAGAAGAAGCAGCAGUCAUCCUAGCUUCGGGAUCGACUCGAGAGGGCCAGCAGCACGGAGACACUGCCGCCCUUCAUUUUCUGCCGCCAAAGAGGCCGCGUUUAAAGUUCGUUCAGGGGUCCGGUCCCGAGAGGCGCUGCACUCCCUUAACACAGUCUCCCAAGCACAACCCCCCCUCACAUACACAUGCCCCAAUAAUGGCGCCUGUUGUUCACUGUGUGAAUGUCACAAAUGUACGUUCUUUGAAUCAAAUAAAGGUUUCGUUUUGUUCUCAAAACAUCAUGAAUCAAUCAAGUCUGGGCGAGAAAGUGUUGCCGUUCCCAGCCGGCACGCUAGGGGGCGACAACCCCUCCCCCACAGUACUGGAGGUCAGUCGACUGACUGUUCGUCUCUCUCGGUGGCGCGCAUGCGCAGUCUCACCGUGGGUAGAGAGAACUGUUGCCAUCGGCUACCGCUUACAGUUCAGGGUCCGGCCGCCUCGCUUUCACUCUGUAAUACACACAGUUGUAGCAGAGGAAGCAGCAGCAGUGCUGAGGGAAGAAAUAAACAACUUGUUGAACAAGAGGGCGAUACGAGUUGUUCCCGCUUCGGAAACGAACAAAGGUUGGUACAGCCGCUAUUUCGUUGUUCCGAAAAAAGGAGGAGGGCUCCGUCCUAUCCUAGACUUGCGAGUGUUAAACAAAUACCUACGAACCUACAGGUUCAAGAUGCUAACACUCAGACAGCUACUGGGCGCGAUCAGACCGGGAGAUUGGUUUACAACUAUCGAUCUGACAGAUGCUUACUUUCACGUAGCAAUUCAUCCGGACCACAGGCAGUUUCUAAGGUUUGCAUUCGAGGGCAUAGCCUACGAAUACCUGGUGCUGCCGUUCGGCUUAUCACUCGCCCCCCGAACAUUCACCAAAUGUGUCGAGGCGGCAUUAGCUCCGCUACGGGAGAAAGGUGUUCGCAUCUUAGCCUAUCUGGACGAUUGGGUGCUAAUCGCGAGCUCCAGAGAGCGAGCAGCGGCUCAGCUGUCAUUGACCCUAUCGCACAUCCAAACACUGGGCUUUUCAGUAAAUUUACAGAAAAGUUCACUGACUCCGAGUCAACAGGUAUCAUUUCUCGGGCUGGAAAUAUGCUCCGUUUCAAGCCGAGCACGUCUGUCAGAACGCAGGGUGGCUGCGUUUCACCGCUGCCUUGCACAAUUUCAGUUGGGACGCAAACUGUGUUUCCGGACGAUUUUACAGCUGACAGGCAUGAUGGCAUCUAUGAUCGCUGUAGUGCCGCUCGGACUGUUAAAAAUGAGAGCGUUUCAACGCUGGACUCAGUCUCACCGGCUGUGCGCGCAGCGUCACCUCCAGAGGAGGCUGACGAUAACUCAGUCUUGCAUGUCGGCUCUUCUCCCGUGGAGAGAACCCGGUUUUCUACAACAGGGAUCUCCGAUAGGGAGGGUGUCUUUUCGCAAGGUGGUGUCCACAGACGCAUCCCUGAGGGGUUGGGGGGCUCUGUGCGAGGGCGCAGCAGUGAGAGGUGUGUGGACGCCAGCACAAUGCAAACUCCACAUCAAUUACCUGGAGCUACUAGCUACCCUUUUAGCUCUGAAGCACUUUCGUCCCGUUCUGACAGGCCAUCAUGUUCUGAUCAGGACGGACAACACAACCGUGGUUUCUUACAUAAACAAGCAGGGAGGGACACGCUCUCUUCCCCUGUUAAAACUGUCUCACUAUCUGUUGCUAUGGUGCAGUGUUCAUUUUCUGUCCCUCAGAGCCACACAUAUUCCGGGUCACUUAAACCUUGGACCAGACCUUCUCUCCAGGGGGGUCCUCUUGUGAGAGAGUGGAGAUUGCACCCACUAGUGGUGGCUCAGAUAUGGGACCGCUUCGGCAAGGCAGAAGUAGAUCUUUUUGCCUCCAGAGCAAAUACUCAUUGCCCCCUGUUCUUUUCCAUAACAGACUGCAAUGCUCCCCUGGGGAUGGAUGCGCUAGCUCACCCAUGGCCCAACACGCUGCUAUAUGCUUUUCCCCCAGUGGAAAUGAUUCUGCCCAUUCUGGAGAGGGUGCGCCAGCAGGGGCUCUCCCUGAUCCUGGUGGCUCCUCGCUGGCCGGCGAAGUCGUGGUACGCAGAGAUAAUCAGUCUGCUGGUAGCGAGGCCCUGGCAGCUCCCUUUUUGCAGGGACCUCCUCUCCCAGGCGGGAGGAGAGGUGAUUCACCCGCGCCCAGAACUGUGGAAACUACAUGCUUACCUGUUGAAAGGUCCAACUUAAUGGCUCAGGGUCUGCCCCCAAAUGUGGUGGCAACAAUCCAGAGUGCAAGGGCAUCAUCUACUAGGGGCCUAUAUGCCUAUAAAUGGCGGGCGUUUGAGCAGUGGUGUCAGGACCGAAAUGUACUCCCAUUUCAGAGUUCUAUUGUGGAUGUUUUAACAUUCCUUCAGGACCUGCUGGAUAAGGGUCUCUCUUUCUCAACAAUUAAGGUCUAUUUGGCGGCUAUAUCUGCAUGCCAUGUUGGCUUUGAUGGUGUGACGCCAGGCGCUCACCCUCUUGCUAUGCGCUUCCUAAAGGGAGUCCGCAGGCUAAGACCUGUUCUUAAACCCAGUGUUCCCUCAUGGGAUUUAGGGUUGGUGCUUGAGGCUCUUGGUGGACCCCCAUUUGAGCCUAUUGAGUCAGCAGACAUGAAAUUUCUUUCAUACAAGACUGCACUGCUACUUGCUUUGACGUCUGCAAAGCGAGUGGGCGACCUUCAUGCUUUGUCUGUGCAUCCCUCUUGUACCCAGUUCACUCCGGAUGGAUCUAAGGCUACAUUGCGUCCAAACGCGGCGUAUUUACCUAAGAUUAUCCCCACAGCCUAUAGCUCUAUGAGUUUUGAACUGCUGAGCUUCUGCCCCCUCCAUUUGCAUCUGAGGAGCAGAGGAGGUUGCAUUCCUUGUGCCCUGUGCGUGCACUACGCACUUACAUAGACCGCACUCAGAGUGUGCGUUUAUGUGACCAGUUGUUUGUCUGUUUUGCUAAUCCAGCCAAGGGCAAGGCGCUGUCUAAGCAGCGGCUUUCCCACUGGAUUGUGGAGGCUAUCUCCUUAGCAUACGGCAGCAGGGGUCUCCCGUUGCCCCAAGGUGUGAAGGCACAUUCAACCAGGGGAAUGGCGGCCUCUUGGGCCUUGUUUAAAGGGGUUUCUGUGAGUGAUAUCUGCACUGCAGCCAGUUGGUCAUCACCGCACACUUUUGUUCGGUUUUACCGUUUGGAUGUGACAGCACCUUCGGUGGCUCACGCUGUCCUUUCUGCUGGGUCUACAAUGCACUAAAAGUUUUGGAGGUUUGACUUUGGUUCGGUGGCUGCUCUGCGGGGCGUGUAUAUAUGUCCCAUACUAUAUGUGUUGUACCGAGUGAAUCGACUGAAAGGGAACUAAAUGUUAUGAAUAUAACUUCUGUUCCCUGAAGGAGAGGAACGAGGUACAACACUGGGUUGCCCCGCUGUGCGGCAGAGCUCGGUGAAGAGCGGCUAUCGAACUGAAGGAUGACUGUGGUGUUACACGUAUAUAUGUGCAGGCGGAGCCUCCCAGACGUCACCACAGAUCAUCUGCCUUAAAGGCGUGAAUAAAGGUGUCUUCAGUCAGGUCACGCAGGGGCGUGAUAUCCCAUACUAUAUGUGUUGUACCUCGUUCCUCUCCUUCAGGGAACAGAAGUUAUAUUCAUAACAUUUAGUUUUCGUGUGGAUGACAGGCCGAAUUGUCCAAAAAUAUUUUCGUUUUAGCAAAUCGCUUUAGGCUACGUGUAUUCAUGGUCCAAGACAUCAUGUUUAGUUGGGCCUUCCUGCCAUCUACGCAUGACCAAAAACUCUCAGGGACUUGAGACUUGGCUAGUGACUAGUCACUUCUCAAUUGCUGAGUUAUCACUGUGUCUCCAUCUUAAAAACACACGGGAACAAAGCAGAACUAAAGCUCAACUGGCUGCAGAACAUCUGAGUAAAGUCUUAAGUUUUUUACCCUGAGGUAUUGUUCAUUGUCUGAAUAACAGUAAAAGGAAAUUGUUAUUUUAAUGCUCAGACUGAGUUAUUCACUGAAGAGCAUCUUAAAGAAACCUCCCAUAAUGCCCCUCUCCUGUCUCCUAGGCUGCUGUCUCGCUCCCUCAGCGCCCUCCUCUACACUGCUCCUCCCUCAUCCCCGUCCUCUGUCUCUCCCUCCGCUUCCUCAUGUGGAUCGGGCGCCUUAAAGACGCCUGGUGCUCUCUGCCGUGGAUGCUUUUCAUCUCCAUGGCAACACAUCACGUGCGGGAUGCGGUGCGCCACGGCCUUUGGGUGUGCCCGUUCGGAAACACGGCACCGCUCCCUUACUGGCUGUACGUGAGCACCACAGCGACCCUCCCUCACCUGUGCUCAGUGCUUAUGUAUCUGACAGGAACGAGGGAUGUGAUCUCCACCAAACAUGGAGUAGCCAUCGAUGUUUAG